GGCUUCACGUGGCGGCGUGCUGACGUCACGGCGUCGUCACACGCGCAGCGUCUCCUGCCGGUGGCGCUGGUUGCGGCCCGCGCGGCGCGAGGAAGCCGGCGCCCAUGUCUUUUCUCCGGUGGGUGUCUGAAAAGUUCAUUGUUGAGGGCUUAAGAGAAUUCGAACUAUUUGGAGAGCAGCCUCCGGGUGACUCUCGGAGAAAAACAAAUGAGGCGAGCUCCGAGUCGAUAGCCUCUUCCCCUAAAAGGGACACCAUGAGCAACUUUCUACCAGACAGCAGCUGCUAUGAGUUACUCACUAUCAUAGGCAGAGGCUUUGAAGACUUGAUGAUUGUGAAUCUGGCCAAGUAUAAACCCACAGGGGAGUAUGUCACAGUCAGAAGAGUUAACCUGGAAGCCUGUACCAAUGAAAUGGUCACAUUCUUGCAGGGAGAACUUCAUGUUUCCAAGCUCUUCAACCACCCUAACAUUGUGCCAUACAAAGCAACUUUCAUAGCUGACAAUGAGCUAUGGGUAGUGACAUCUUUCAUGGCCUAUGGUUCUGCGAAAGAUUUAAUCUGUACCCAUUUUAUGGAUGGGAUGAAUGAACUGGCUAUUGCAUAUAUCCUUCAAGGUGUAUUGAAAGCACUUGACUACAUUCACCAUAUGGGCUAUGUACAUAGGAGUGUGAAAGCCAGCCAUAUCCUGAUUUCUGUGGAUGGGAAGGUGUACCUCUCUGGACUGCGAAGUAAUCUAAGUAUGAUUAACCACGGGCAGCGGCUCAAAGUUGUUCACGACUUUCCCAAAUACAGCAUCAAAGUCCUACCUUGGCUGAGUCCUGAAGUCUUGCAGCAGAAUCUCCAGGGUUAUGAUGCAAAAUCUGACAUUUACAGUGUAGGGAUAACAGCCUGUGAACUGGCAAAUGGACACGUGCCAUUUAAAGACAUGCCUUCUACUCAGAUGCUUUUGGAAAAGCUGAAUGGAACUGUUCCAUGCCUGCUAGACACCACAACAAUUCCUGCUGAUGAGCUGACUAUGAAAACCUCUCGUUCAAGUGCUAACUAUGGGAUGGGUGAGAGCACGGCGAUCAGCAACGUGAGAGCAGCCAACGGAGAGUCAACAUUGCACCCUUAUCUUCGGACCUUCUCAACCUACUUCCACAACUUUGUAGAGCAGUGUCUCCAGAGGAACCCAGAUUUCAGGCCAAGUGCAGGCGCUUUGCUUAAUCAUCCCUUUUUCAAGCAGAUCAAGCGUCGUGCUUCUGAAGCGCUCCCUGAACUUCUCCGCCCUGUCACACCAAUCACUAAUUUUGAAGGAACACGGCCACAGGAUCCCAGUGGCAUAUUUGGGCUGGUAUCAAACCUGGAGCAGCUGGAUGUGGAUGACUGGGAAUUCUAGAAAAACAUGGAAUAUACCUGGUUCUGGAGGAGCUUUUUGGACAUUGUAAUUUAUUGGUCCCAUUCAAAAAAGGUGAUGAAUGUUACAUAUAGAAGAGUUUACAGGUCCUUGGGAAGGAACUUCAACCGCCUGUUUACUUGGGAAGUAGCCUGGAAACAAAUGGACAGACCCAAGCUGGAAAAGGCUCAACCCCAAGGAACUGUGCAGUAUUCCAGUUGGGUGCAGCGCCCAAAGCCCCACUUCUUGCAGCUGAGCACUCUUAGAUCACUUGAAGGGGUUGAGUGAGUCUGCUUAGUUAUGGUCUUUCUGUUCAUGCGUUUCUAAAAAUCACUGGCUCCCUAGUAUCACAGUUGAAGGCAGCAUGCCCCUACCCUCUUUUUGUUCUUUCUUUUUCAAGGGUGCCUUAGAGAUAACAAGGGGAGGGAGGCAGCUCUUAGUUUUGGGCAUUCUCCUAGAGCUAGUCAGAUAAUUGUUACCAGUGUUGUCACAGGGUAGCUUCUGAGGGUGGGAAGAAAAAGGGGGAAUGUAUUAUUAAAUGUAGUCACUACUUUAUGAUGGGAGGUUGAAGAAUGCCCAAUUCUGUUGUGGCAUGUUCACUGCAUAGGGCAUUCCUCUGCAGCACUGGAUUCUUCUCUUCCAGUUCUGGAGAGAGCUUUUGGAGGCUCUUCUUGAGGCUGAGUCCUCCAGGUCAGACAGGGCAUUCCAGCCUCUCUUCCUCACCAAAGUGAGUAAUUCUGUGCAGUGCACCAGCUUUUCUUCCCCCACUGCUCAUGUCUAGUUCAGCAUCCUGCUAGCUGGGCUGGCUUCACCGCAUGAAAUGUUCAUACCAGCGUGCUCUCAGUGACCUCGGCCUAGAGGAAAAGUUGAGUUUUAUGCUACAUCCUCUUGCUCUCAACUGCUCUUUGGACAUUCUGUGCAGAAUUUCUUUUGUAAGUCUUGCUGUUUCACCUUCCUGACUGAAUGGCAGGUUAAAAGUCCUCUGCAUGCCUCUCAUGGGGUUCCCCUUGAUUCAUGUUUGUGUGACUCUGCCCUGCUGCUGUAGCAGCUCUCCCCCAUUCCAUGGUAUGUUUUUUUGGAUGUGCGUUCGAGGUUUUUAGUUUGCCCUUUCCAAGGACCAUGGGUGCUGGAGAUCUUUCUACUCUUUCAUGAAGCACUGAGAAUCCAGUCCUGUAUGUGUGGUUGGUGGGAGUAGUGGUGCUGGCAACAGGUCCUUCUUGUGUUUAUAAACUGUACUUGAAUCCAGAUAAAGUUUGUUACUCUAGUUUUUUGCCAAAACAAAUAAAAUAUUUCUGAAUUUUUUUUUAA